GCGGCGGUGCCGCCAUGUUGUCCCCUCGGGGUCACCUUAGGCGUCGCCCGGUCCCUUUCUGGGGUUUUCCUUCCGCGCACCCUGGGGGCCACCCCUGUCCGGUGUCACGUGAUUGCCCUGUGUGGCCCCAGCCUGGGCCUUGGGGGUCCCUUUCCGGCCCGAGGGCGGGCCACCGGACCCCUGGGUCUCGGUCUGGCCUCCAAGGUCAGCGCUCGCCUGUCUGUUCCCAGGAAGGGACAGACAGAGCCGGGGAGCGCGGAGCUGAGGGGCGCGACUACCACGUCUUCGGCCCGGGGCCCACGGCAGGGGUCCCGGGUUCUGAGAGUCCUGCCACUCCGUCCCCGCCACUUAAAUCGCAUUUUUUAAAUCAGAAGGGGCGUGGGGGAGAGGGGAGAGAGGAGAGAGGGGUCUUCCCCACACAUACAGGCACCCGCUUUGGUGUCUGAGGUGAUGAGGUAAUAGGUUGACGCUCUGCCUUGAGUCGCGGGUGCUUCUCACUCCCUCGUAACUUUUCAGGUCUGGACACCCGUUCCCUUUUCUCCAGUGUAUAUGGGGAGUGGCCCUCAAGGGCAGCUGAAGGAACGGAAUGCCUGGCACACCCGUGGCCUAGAAAGAAGAAUGGGGGCUGGGGAACAGUUGUUUUUUCCUUCCCCCUUCCCCCGUCCCAACCUUCUGUAAAUUCCUUCCAGGCCUCCGUGUUCCUUUUCAAUGCUAAAUGUUGGGACAGCCUGGGGUCUGUCCUGGGGAGGAAAUGAUCUUUCUGUUUAUAGGUUCGGAUCGUGUUUUAUCCCUUUCAGGGAACUGGUGUGUUGGGAACAGCUUCUGUUUGCCCUGCCUGACACGGUCCAACCAUCCCCUCAGCCUUCUGGACGGCAACACCAAAGCCAGGACCAAAAAAAAAAAAAAAAAAAAAGUUCCAGCUUAAGUGCUAAUGCCAAGUGUUAGAUCUUGUCUAUGUGUUUGUUUCAAACCAGACAGACUAAUUAAUGUCAAACAAAUCUGUUACCAGAUUCAGAGGCCUGGUCAGUUUCCAGUGACCAGAUCAAUUCCAUAGCUGAAAUUGGUCUUGUUAGAAUUGCUGCCAGAAACAGCUUAACCUUUUAUCUGUAACGUGUUGUUUCAGAGAGGAAUCUGGAAGUCUGGGUUUGGCUGUCUUUUUUGUUGUUCUCUUAUCUUCGAAACAUAUGCAUUCCAUCUCAAGCCUGUCACUGUGUGCUAUAUACCAAGGAUCAUGCGUUGCCUGCCUCUUUGACUUCCUGUUCUGGGAAUGCUCAGGAAUCGGGAUCCUGCCGGGGUACGGGCCCUGUGGGAGGGAGAAGGGGCGGAAGGGAGGGCGAACCAGAUCCUUCUCAGAGAAGGUGGUGACCUGUCUCUGGGGCAAAUAGAGGAAGUCAGAGGUCACCAGGGAAAAAGAGCGUGUUGCUAAACCAAUGUUUUGUGUGGUGUGUGCACGCUUGUGCGCAUUUAAAUCUCGGGGGGUAAAACUAACUGCAAAUUCAGAAUUUCACUUUAGGAUGCUGGCUCCUGAGUAGACACAGUUUGAAAAUAGGGGAUCUAGCACAUGGCUCUCAGCAAACCUGCUCCCUCAUCCAACCCAGGUGUAAUGAGCUGUGGCUGUCCUGCAUGAAGCUUGGGAAACUCUCCGCCCCCUCAGUCACAACCCAGAUGCUCCACGGAUAGAGAUGACACUGUCACAUAGCACCCCACACCUCUGAAAGCCACGGUACCCAAACCCUCCUGGAGCUUAACCUGACUGGUUAGGCUGAGACACUAACAUCUUCUUGGGGUAUUAGUGCCAAGGAUCGUGCCCGUUGGUGUCCUGCAAAGCCAUUCCAAUCCCCUCACAACUCAUCUGCUGUAUCCUUGGUCUCACGGGGGCAAAGCCUUGUGGUGGUGGCAGAAACAGUUUAGGAAGAAGGGAGGCCUGUGGACUAAGGGUCUUGCAAUGAAACUCUAGUGAUUUUCAACUUCUACCGUUGCUCUCUAUCAGAAUAAAAUGUUUUCAUGGUAUUGCUUCUGGAAAAAUUUUUGUAAACAAGGUGUGUCUGGACCAGACUUCUAGGCACCACACAGGAAUAGAAAGUGAACGCAUUCCCUCUGUCUUCUCCAGUGGGUUGUGUUUGCUGCCAGAACAUGAGGGUUUGGGGGAUGAGGGGUGAAAGUGGAAGAGUAGACAUUGCACACUCAAGCCUACCCAUGUGGAUGCAGGCCACCAGGACAGCCCUUGCCUGGAAGUCUGUCAUCUCACCAUGCCACACGGAUGGACGGAUGGAGCAGCCCCACAGGUGGGCUUUGCCAAGAUUAUCUAGAAAGCCCCCGGGCUGCCAGCAGCCUCCUGGCUCUUAAAGGGGGCAUAGGAGGCUAAGGGGAGAAUGCUGUGUCCAGAGCAGCCAGACCCUUGCAUGCCUGUCUACCUGAACCUGGCUGCCUUAUAACUGGGCUGAGGUUAGAGCAUCUGGGACAGUGGGGCUGUGGGCACACCCCUCGAAGGCUCUGAGGGGAGGCAGCCUUCAUUGAAAACACAUGGGGAAAUGUUCAUGGUUCUGUGGGUUUAGUGUGGAAGACCACAGAAACUCCCAGUCGAGGCCUACCAAGGUACAGCUUCGGAAGGGAGGUGUGGGCAUUGCCUGCUGAUGAGUCACCCCGGGGCAAGAGGAGACCUGUCUCACCUUCAGGCUAUAGUACAAGCAGGAGCCACCCAGCCUAAGGAAGAUGGAGUCUCUCAUUAUACAUCCCUACCCCAAUCCUGAUGAGUCCUGAUUGGCACUUUGGUGACAGAAUGUUUCUAGAAUCCUGGAGUUCACUGGGAUCUUAGCAGCCCUUUUACAGAGGGGAGCUAAAGGUGAGGGGUAGGAGGUAACCUGGCCAGCUUCCCUGGGCUGAUUGAUGAUAAAGCCCAAUACCGGAACUGAGGUCUGCCCCCUCCACCCACGUAAUUCUCUGAUGCUGUACUGAAGUUAUAGAUGCCUCUAGAGGUGCUUGCAGUGGGUUUAGAAACAAGGGGGUGCUCAGAAGAGGGGAAACAUUAUCUGGCUCAGGGUGGGCAAGGUGCUUUGUGCCCCAGAAGUGUUUGUGACAACUGUGACUAAGGGAUUUGAGGAAGUGGCAGGGAGAGAGAGAUUUAUGGCCCUCCAGAUUCUCCCUUGGUGUUGACCCAGGAACAGGUGUAUAGUGACAGGGACACAUGAAGCCAGAGACAAGGCUGAACAGGCGGCAGGGCCAUUUGGUGAGGCAGUCAGCUGACCAUGUGAAAGGAGUCCUGAGUCACUCAGGAGUGAAAGAGGGGAGAAAGAAGUGAGGAGCCAGCCAGCCCACCCACCCUGACAUGACAGGGGAGAGCCCAGGGCCAGGGACUGGAUCCCUGCUGCCUUGGUGAUCCCGGGCUGACAGCCAGAGAGCACAGCGGCUCAGCUCCUGGAGAGUGAGGGUUGAAGAAAGCGGAGGGCAGCUGCCUGCGCCCGCUGGCUCCCAUUGGGUCGGUUCCUGCAGCGGUGCCCAGUGGCCUUGGUGAAGGCCCUGCCCGGCAGAGAUCAUGUAUUGCCUCCAGUGGCUGCUGCCCGUCCUCCUCAUCCCCAAGCCCCUCAACCCCGCCCUGUGGUUCAGCCACUCCAUGUUCAUGGGCUUCUACCUGCUCAGCUUCCUUCUGGAGCGGAAGCCUUGCACGAUUUGUGCCUUGGUUUUCCUGGCAGCCCUGUUCCUCAUCUGCUAUAGCUGCUGGGGAAACUGUUUCCUGUACCACUGCUCUGAUUCCCCGCUUCCGGAAUCGGCGCACGACCCUGGCGUUGUGGGCACCUAACAGCCUGCCCUGUUAGCUUUCCAAGGAAGCAGAAGAUGGGAGGGGAGGCAUUGACAUAGGUCAUAAAGCAUUGGAGUUUCAAAUCCCGCAGCCCCGCGGGUGCCACAUUCCUGACGGCGCCUUUUUUGGCCUGUGAUGUUUUAUCCUUAUAAUGUGAAUAAUGGCACUGACCGGUGCUUUUAUUGUAGAGUCCUAUAGUCGUGGGUGGUCUUGUGAUUGUGUGUGUUCUGUCCCCAUCUCGGUUCCUCCCCUCGCUCCCCAAGGCUGGCAGGAUGGUCACCCCCCUCGCCUCAUUCCUGCGAGGAGUCUGCACCCAUCCUGGUCAACCGUCCCGGCAUGACCUGGGCAGAUAAAAUGCCAGUCUCGUCACCUCUGUGACCCCUCCUUGUCAGGGUCUCUUCCCUUCCCAGAAUGUUACCAACCCCUCAGUCCCUCUCCUGGUUUCCCUUUAGUUCUCUUCCGCCCCUUUCCUUUUUGGGGGAGCACCUGUCCAAGACAGGGCUCAUUUUUGCACUUAUCUCGAAUUUAAAGAGAUUGCUGACGCCCGAGAGCCUCGCUUUUUCAUCCUUCUUUCCCCGGUCAGCAGGCUAGACAGAAACAUGUCUUGACUGUUUGUUGUCCACAGAUCUCCAGUAUUUUCUCCACUUCAUUUUUAAGAAAGCAGUAACAGAUGCUUGUUGCUCUUUCACCUGGGUUUCUGGGCUCAUGCUUACCAGCCCAGCCUCGCUUUCUUUGCCCUUCCUCCUGCCUUUCUCAACUGUCCCGAGGAGGGGGGGCCUCAUUGUGUCUCCUGUGCAUGCUCUGCAGGAUUGAGGUGUGGUGUGUCCACAUAGAUCUAGCAGUCCCCAGCUGAGUGAAUGGAAGAGUACUUGUGUGUUUCUUCAUAACAGCCAUGAUCCCCUUGAUAGGUGUUUGAAUAUAUUUUGGUGUGCCGUGAGUGUGUGUGUGUGUAUGUGUGUGUGUGCGUGUACAAAUACAUGUGUAUAUUCCUUUUAAAGAAGCUUUAUCGAACGUGUUCUGAUUUUGAGGUUUAGCAAUAGCUAGCUAUAGUAGGUGCCGCUGCAGUUUUUAUUUAGCAUGGGGAUUGCAGGGUGACCGGCACGCUGGACUCCGAGGUGGUUCAGACAAGACAGAGAGGAGCAGUGGCCAUCAUCCUCGUGCCAGGAGCUCCUUCAGUCCUGCGCAUAUAGACUGUACAUUACGAAGAAUACACAGGAAGACUUUGUGACUGUCACUUGCUUUUUGCUUUUUCUGCGCUUCAGUAACAAGUGUUGGCAAACGAGACUUUCUCCUGGCCCCCGCCCACCGGGGACUAGCAUGGUUGUCCGUCCAGUCUAAAUCAUCCAUCCUUCUCUUGCCUGAGUGGGAAGGGCGGUGGGCCAGGCAGAGGACAGAACUGGAGGCAGUCCAUCUAGGGAAUGGGACCGUGAGGCCACACUUGUGGAACAUUUGGACUGCCAUUCUGGAGCUUUUAUUUCUGGUGUGUUCGUUGCACAGCUGUUUGAAAUGUUUAAUAAAGCUUUAUAAACUUUA